CUGCAGCCAACCCUAAGCCUCCGCCUCUUCUUUUUUCACAGCUUCAACCCAUUUCACAGAUGGUCAAGCGCUGUCAUACCGUUCAUUUAUCGCUUCAUUGAUCCAGGAGGGGAGUAGACUUAAGCGCGAGGCUAUCCCUCAUACAUAAAACUGCUUACCUUAUUUCAGCCAUGAAUGUCAUGAACGGCAUGCCAGUGCCUCCUGUGCUCUGGCAGGAAGCUAGAAAUUCUGAUGGCAGAGUCUACUACUACAAUGUCCAGACGAAGGCCACACAGUGGACAAAGCCGUUGGAGCUUAUGACUCCUGCAGAGCGUGCUUUGUCAAACCAACCAUGGAAAGAAUACACCGCGGAGGGCGGGCGGAAGUACUGGUACAAUACAGAGACCAAGCAGAGCUCAUGGGAGAUGCCUGAGGUUUACAAGACUGCUCUUGCCCAGCAACCUCCUCAACGACCCAUUCCUGCUGCUCCAACUUUCGUUGCAGGAGGCAUCUCCACAUUUCCCACCUACCCCCAACAACGGGAGCGUGAACGUGAACGCGAACGUGAUGAGCACGACCGGAGUGCAGCAGACCGACGUGGUGAUUACGGGCCUACUGAUACGAACGGCGUUGUUGCAGGAUCCGCCGUUGGCGCACAGCAAACUGAGCCGGAAUACGCUAGCUUCGAGGAGGCCGAAGCUGCUUUCAUGAAGCUGCUACGACGCAGCAAUGUACAGCCAGAGUGGACGUGGGAACAGGCAAUGCGUUCAAUCAUCAAGGACCCACAAUAUCGCGCGAUAAGGGAUCCAAGGGACCGCAAGGCCGCCUUUGAGAAAUAUGCCGUUGAGGUUCGCAUGCAGGAAAAGGAUCGCGCCAAAGAAAGACUGGCUAAACUCCGUGCAGAUUUCGGUACGAUGCUGAGAAGCCACCCGGAGAUCAAGCACUACUCGCGAUGGAAGACUAUCCGCCCUAUCAUCGAGCGGGAGACGAUUUUUAGGUCUACGAGUGAUGAGAAUGAAAGGCGACAGCUAUUCGAGGAGUACAUUAUUGAGCUGAAGAAAGAGAAUGCCGAACAAGAACUUGCUUCUCGAAAGGCGGCCAAGGAGGCCCUGGCGGAUAUUCUUAAAACUUUGGAGCUGGAGCCAUAUACCAGAUGGGCCGAGGCGCAGGGGAUUAUCCAGUCAAACGAAAGGGUGAUGAAUGAGGAUAAGUUCAAAGCCCUGACUAAAUCGGAUAUUCUAACCGCAUUUGAGAACCAUAUCAAAUCCCUUGAGCGUACGUUCAAUGAUACCCGCCAGCAGCAGAAGGCUAAUAAAGCCAGACGAGAGCGCAAGAACAGAGAUCAAUAUAUGGAGUUGUUGCAGGAACUGAGAAAGGGUGGAAAGAUCAAGGCGGGCAGUAAGUGGAUGAAUAUUCUGCCGAUAAUCGAGGAUGACCCCCGGUAUGUUGCCAUGUUAGGCCAGGCUGGCUCCACUCCUCUAGAUCUAUUCUGGGACAUUGUGGAAGAGGAGGAGAGAGCCCUGAGAGGCCCUAGAAACGAUGUUUUGGAUGUUCUAGAUGAUGUACGCUACGAAGUUACACCAAAAACCACCUUCGAAGAGUUCAACGAGAUCAUGGCUACCGACAGGCGCAGUGCAAGGAUUGAUCGCGACACUCUCCAGCUAAUUUUCGACCGUAUCAAAGAGAAAGUCCUCCGACGCACCGAAGACGAAAAGCACGCCGCAGACCGCCACCAACGUCGAGCCAUCGAUGCCCUCCGCUCGCGCAUCAAACAUCUCGAACCACCGGUCCGCGCCUCCGAUACCUGGGACCAAGUGAAACCCCGCGUCGAGAAACUAGAGGAAUACCGUGCACUGGACACGGACGAUCUACGUCGCACUGCGUUUGAUAAAGUUAUCCGCCGCCUCAAAGAAAAAGAAGAGGACGCCGAGCGCGACCGUGAUCGCGCCGGCAGCCGCCGUGACCAUUACGACCGUUCUGACCGCGACCGUGAUCGCGACCGUGAUCGUGAUCGCAACGGAUACCGCAGCGAGCGACGCAGAGGGGCAACCCCUAGCCGCCUCAGCCGCACGCCCGAGCCGGACGCCUACGAAGCGGAUCGGCGCAAAGCACAAGCCGACCGCGAGAGAUCCUACCGGAAAGUCAGCGGGCUCUCCCCACCGCCGCCGGGACGCGAGCGUGACCGUGAUCGUGAUCGUGAUCGCGACCGUGGCCGGGAUAGAGAUAGGGAUCGUGACCGGGACCGCGAGCGGGAUCGACCCAGCAGCCGCUCUAUGCUUAGCCACUAUGAUCGGCGCGAGAAGGAGGAUGAGCGGGAGCGCUUGUACCGCUCGCGCGCGGACCCGAGGAGCAGCCGCGAUGAAUUGGAUUACGGUGGCGGCAACGGGGCGGCGGCCGAUUCCACGGCGCGUAGUACCACGGGUACGGUUACUAGUGAGCGCAGGCGGCGCAGGGAUAGUGAGACGGAGAGCGUUGGGAGUCGGAGUGCGAAGCGGUAUAGGAGGGAUGGGGGGUCGAGGAGGGAUAAGGAGCGAGAGCGGGAUAGGGAUAGGGAUCGGGAGCGGGGGAAGGAGCGGGAGAGGGAGCGGACACCGGAAGAGGUGAAGGAGGAGAGGGUAGUGCAUUCGGGGAGUGAGGAGGGGGAGAUUGAGGAGGAGUGAUGGGUAUGACGAUGUGGGUGACGAUUCGGGGAGUUAUGAGGUGGUAGAGUUUACGUGAAGAGGGAAAGUUAGUUUAUGGUAGAUACGGUAGGGAAUGUAUUGAUUACUAUUUAAUUCUCUUCUACUUCUCUUUGGGACCACACGGGAGCUGAGGCUGGCUAGGGUGAGCUUUGGCGGUUUGUUAGAAAUCCCAUGUUGUCUUCUCUAUUUUUCUUUCCAUAUUAAUGUUGGUAAUUGAAGGGUUGAGCAAGAUUUAAGUAAUUCUAAGCGUCCCAGACAAUCUUAGAAUUCGCUGUGAAUAUAGAAAAAGUUUUUUACACCCUGCCAAGAAUUUCCAACGGGGACUUGGACCAAAAGUUAGAAAACGUGAGACUUGCAUUUUCCCUUUCUUACCCUUCAUAGCUUCGCAACAUGGACAGGUAAAACGAAUGAAUGAUAAAGAAGGUUUGAGGUGAG